GAGGCUCUGUGUGCAUUUGGCCAGGGCUGGUUUGUUUCAUGCAUGUUAUGCGCAUGUUGAGGCAUUCUAAUAGCCCGGAUCUCGUACCUUUCUCUCACGAUACAGCUUUCUUCCAGCCAGGACCACCGAGAGAGAGAGAGAGAGCAGUUUGGCAUACCUUCGCUCCAGUGCACAGCUACACUGCUCCUCUGGUGGCCAAGGGCAAGUCUAAGACUGUCUUGGUUCAGAUGAUGAGCGCGGCCGGCACGGGCUACUGCUUCAACACUAAAAAGAACCGUCUGCGGGAGAAGCUCGUGCUCCGGAAACAUGACCCCUUAGUGAAUAAGCAUGUCCUGUUCCACGAGAAGAGGAAGAUCCGGUCCAUUUAAAAAGUGCGGCACGGUCGGCGAAGAAGCUGGAGGUUCUGCGGCGUGAGAAGAGAACGGCUCAGUGUCCAGACUGCAUCGUUUUCUGGGUGUCUUGUCUGCGCAGAGCUGGGACUGGGCCUCAGAGUGGCAGAGAGACUCCCUAUCUAUCGGGGAUCAAUCCAUGGCAAAGAACGUCCAGCGUAUUCGCAAAUAUAAACUCUCAGCAAUCAGGAGCUCAGUAAAAACACCGACUCACACAAUGAGCAAUCUUCCGUUUCAAUUCCCUCAGCAGGCCUUUGAAGGGACUCAAACACGUUGGCUGGCAUUUAAUCAAUCUGUCCUCAAUUUUGACUAGUAGUUACAUUACAUUACAGGACUUGCACAACUUUUUUGUGUGCAAGCCGCUCUGGAAAAAAACAUUCUAGUUAAAAACUGGAAUAAUUUUUUGUCUUCACAAAGACAGUCUGGCGAAUUCAGCAAUCGCUACGGCACGCCAAACUACUUCAGAGUUGAGGACAAAUAUUGUUUGAGUACAGGCCUGAGGAUUCCCCCCCCCCCUCCCCCCCACAUGUAAAAA